GUCUGCAGUCAACGGUUAUCAGAAAAGGUCCUAUAUAAAGGCAAACGGAAUCGGUUUCAAAACAUCAGUUCCACUUUAGAACAGAACAACUUCAAGUCUACCCAAAAAACAACCAUGAAUAAGUUCAUCGUUUUGGCCACUUUGAUCGCCGCGGCUGUUGCUGCUGACAUUUACCCCAAGCCCUCUUACCCGGCCCCAGCUGCAGCUGCCGGUUACGCCAAACCCGCUGAAGAAUACCCACCGAUGCCGUACAGCUUCGACUGGGCUGUCAAGGAUGACGAGAGCAAGAACGACUACGCUCACCAGGAGGCCAGCGACGGCAAAGUCGUCACCGGAUCUUACCGCGUUGUCCUUCCCGAUGGCCGCACCCAAAUCGUCACCUACAAAGCCGACGAGAACGGAUACGUCGCCGACGUCAAGUACGAGGGAGAAGCCAAAUACCCCGCACCCGAAUCAUACAACAACAAGCCAGCCCCGAAAUAUUAAGUUAAACCCAUCAAAUUUUCAGCAGAAUUCUGCUCAUUCAACUCAACAAAUUGGCGUUUGAACAAAAUCCCCUUAUCCUCUCACUUUCGAAAUUCGAAUUAUGAAUUUGAACCGCAUUUCUUCCAUUUCUGUUUGAGCUUUGUAAUUUAUUUUUUUUCCCCCAACAUAUAUGUAUGACACUUUGUUGCGAAUACAUAAUCGUAGAUUAUAUCAUAA